AUGUCGCACCACCUGUUUCUGCUGUCGCCAUCAGAUACCCCGCUGUACAGCCUCACGCACCAGUCGACGAAACCGGUGGCAAGCGCGACAUCACCCCUGGCCGCGAAUCUGCCGACAUGGUCGACCUCCGCGUUCGCAGGCACGCUGACGGCGCUGUCUGGGGCGUCAAGUGCGACGCAGCACACGACUGGGGGUGCGGUUCGGGUAGGGGGCGGACAGGACCGGCAUGUGAUCCAGAUGAUUGCGAAUGCGGGGUUGGAUGUGAUUGAAGAUGUGAUGCGCAAGGACAAUAUGAUGUACCUGAAGUCUGUAGACAAGUUCAAUGAGUGGACGGUGUCUGCGUUUGUGACGCCGAGCAACAUGAAAUUUGUGCUGCUGCACGAGGGCAAGAACGACGAGGGCAUCCGGGCGUUCUUCAUGGAGGUGUGGGAGCUAGCCUCCCUCCUCGCUGGUCUUCGCACAGGCGGUGUUCGCUCUGCUUCAGGAACCGCCGUUCCCCACACAGCAGCUCCAGCUGGCUCUUUCAAUGUCCCCCGUUUCGCCUCUCAGCAGCACCCCACAAACAUCUUCCCAGAGGAGGAGGAGGACGACUAUGUCCAGGAGUUGCCCCAGCCCGGCGUUUUUGCACCCAGGAACGUCCCUAUGACCGCUGCCGUAGAUGGCCCCAACAACCGUUUCGCCCAUCAUCAGGCAGCAAGGGGCAUGAAUCCAAACAGCAUGCCUUUCAGCCCCGGAUUCAACCCCAACAUGGUCCCCCAGCAGCUCCAGAUGCAGAUGAUCCAACUUGAGAUGAUGCGCAUCCAGGCAAGUUGA